AUGUGUACAACAAUGAAAUUGGGUUUGCAGCGAUUCUCAGUGGAGCCCAACGACCAGACAGUAGUGAUGGGAAGUAGUGUUACACUCGGCUGUCGUAUCCUCAAUAAAGUUGGAUCCAUUCAAUGCGAUUAUUCACUGGAAAUCAAUUCCGUGUCUCUCGAAGACGACGCCGUAUUCCAGUGUCAGGUGAGCGGCAGCGGAGACACUGCGCCCGGAAUCAGGUCCCGGAGCGCAGUGUUGACCGUUUUGGUUGCGCCCGAACUGCCAAUUAUUGUCCAAACCCGAGCGCAGGGAGAUUUGUUACGGACGACCGCCGGAACUGUUAUUGAACUGAAUUGCGAGUCAAAUGGCGGUAAACCGGCGCCAGAGUUGGACUGGUAUUACUCGGACGGACAGCCGGUGCCGAGUCGUAACAUCACGUACUCAUCGCAAUCAAUGAGUGACGGGAAACGUUUCAACGCUCAGUCGCGAUGGAUAUUCAUCGCCGGCAAAGAGUACGACAACCGGACAGUCGUCUGUCGGGCCCAAAACUCGGCCCUUAAAGAGCCCCUCAAGGCGUCCAUUCGGUUGGACGUGAAAUACGCGGCCGAAGUGCAGCUCUCGGUCACAGAACCGGGCGGUCAGGCGAAGGUCGGCGACGACAUAGCACUCAGUUGUGACGCCACCGGAAAUCCCAACGAAUUGUUGUACAAGUGGUUCAAAAACGAUGAGAUAAUAAUCGGCGACUACAGCACCAAACUAUUGCUGGUGGGAGUGGACCGCUAUAUAAAUGGGGCGGUCAUCGCGUGUCAGGUGAGCAACAGUGUUGGCACGAAUCGGGCGACCACUACACUCAACGUGGCCUUCGGGCCGAUACUAAAACCCCUGAACGAAACGGUGUACGGCGUGGACGCGGGCCGAGACGCGAGGCUCCGGUGCGAAGUGGACGGCAACCCGAAGCCAGACAUCGCGUGGCUUAUGUUGGGUGAGAGCAAUGUGUUGAGCACUGAGACCGAGCUUACGGUGAAAGACGUGACAGAAGCCAAAGCCGGCAAAUAUGUCUGCAGGGCUUCCGUGAAGGGCUUUCCCGAGAUAUCCACGCAAUUGAUUGUCCGCUUGAAUGAGGAGCCGUAUAUACACUACGGUCUGACCGGAGAGACUGUUAGAAUCGGUUGUUAUGUAAACUCUGUUCCCAAACCGAUACAAAUAUUAUGGCAUCACAAUCGACAGAUGGUAGCUAUAGAUAGCACUCGAGGCGUGAAUAUAAUCGAUGAGCGCAUACCCGGAGAGUCGACAAUACUGUCCACACUUAUCAUAUAUAACGCUAAACUAUCCGAUUUUGGUGUCUAUAACUGUUCGGUCACUAAUAGAUUCGGUUCCGACCAUAAAGUCAUUGUUUUAAUGGAGAAAAUUGGUUUCACGACAUUAAUAGCGAUCGCAUCGAUGUUAUUAUCAUUAUUAAUAGUGAUUGUGAUGUCAACCAUUGUUGUGGUCAUAUGUUUACGACAUAAACGCAUGAAGAGAGCGGUCAGAAAGAAGGGAAAGCUAUCGUUCACGUCGUCCAGUAGUGACCAGACGUCCAGCGAAUCUGCCGACGAGUCACUCAUGGACUCCGAUGUGUCCACCGGUGGCGACAAAAGCACUCAAUCGACUGGUAUUCACGUAGAGAUGCAGUCAUUGAAUAGCAGUGAUGUGCCGGCCGUACAGCACAGUCGCCGCAGUCAUCGGAGCCCAAACACUGAUAUACUCCUCGAUCACGAAUUGGAUUAUAGUUUCAAACAUUAUCUAUAA